CAGUGCCCCUGGGCAUGGGGCUGGUGCUGGUGCUGUGGGCCUGGCUGGUGCUGGGGACCGCCGGUGGGGAGAGCCCUGUGCCCACAGCCCUGGCAGGCGGGCAGCCCUUCGCCGUGCUUUGGAACAUCCCCAGCGGCCGCUGCCAGCGCCGCUUUGGCGUGGGGCUGCCCCUGGCCGACUACGGCAUCGUGGAGAACCAGGGCGGCCGCUUUGCAGGGCAGAACAUCACCAUCUUCUACAAGAACAAGUUUGGGCUGUACCCCUACAUCUCCCCGCAGGGUGUCCUGCACAACGGGGGCAUCCCACAGCAGGCACCACUCCAGGCCCACCUGGCGCGGGUUGCGGGCGACGUGCAGCUGCACCUGCGCCCCACGUUCAGUGGCCUGGCUGUGGUGGACUGGGAGGAGUGGCGGCCACUGUGGGCCCGCAACUGGGGUCCAAAGCGCGUCUACCAGCUGGCCUCGCAGCGAUGGGCGCAGAAGCGGGGCCGGGGGCGGCGGCAGGCCCGGCAGGCCUUCGAGCGGGCAGCGCGGGCGCUGAUGGAGCAGACAUUGCUGCUGGGUCGCAGCCUGCGCCCGGCGGGACUCUGGGGCUUCUACCGCUUCCCCGACUGCUUCAACGGCGACUGGGCCAAGGUGGACAACUACACAGGGCGCUGCCGGCCGGCCGAAGUGCGGCGCAAUGACCGCCUGCACUGGCUGUGGGCCGCCUCGGCCGCGCUGUACCCCAGCAUCUACCUGCCACCGCUGCUGCCGCCCGGCCUGCGCCGUCGCUACGUGCACCACCGGCUGAGCGAGGCUCUGCGCCUGGCCGCUGGCCGCCUGCCCGUCAUGGCCUACUCACGGCUCUCCUACCGCCGCUCGCCCCGCUUCCUGGAGCCGGUAAGGCCGGGGGGUGGUGCUCGGUGUCCUGGCGUGUCCACCCGGCCACACGGCCCCCUGUCCUUGCAGGCUGACCUGGAGCACACCAUCGGGGAGAGCGCGGCACUGGGGACGGCCGGAGUGGUGCUGUGGGGCGACAUGUCGUACUCCCAGUCAGCUAUGGUGUGGGAAGGGCAGAGGGCACCGUGCCAGCAGAGCCCGCUGACUCCGAUGGAAUGGACCCCGGAGCCAUCAGCCUGCACCCCGUGGCGUCCAUCAGUGACCUGCACUGGGCCUCCGCUGGGCACAAGGGCACAGAAGGGAAUGGCCCGACUCCAUCCAGUGCCCGGCUGCACCGAGCGCCCCGCAGUCCCCCGCACCUGCCCACGCUGCGCCCCGUGCCGCCUCCAACCACGUGCCCCUGCCCCGGGCACUCCUUCUUCCUCGCUCUGCUGGGCUUCCUGGCUCUGGCCAGCCUGGUCCUGGCCACGCUGGCCAUCUACCUGAGCGUGCUGCAGAGCCAGUCGGUGCAGGCGCUGGCCCAGUGGCUGGAGAGCCAGGAGGACGCCAUGCGCCAGCUGCGGGCGGCCAGCGGGCAGCUCUGGGCUCACCUCAAUGCCAGCGCCCAGCGCCGCUGAGCCGCCCCACGGAGCAGCCCCGCACAGAUCGCCCCAUCCCUGGGACACAUGGGGGCAAUCCUGGCCUUGCCACGCUGCUGAAGAAAGGGAAGGGCUGCGAGGAUGGGCACCUGCCCCAGCAGGAGGCACCCUCCCAUCACUUUAUCAUUACCUCCUGCCAUUGAGGCUUAGGAAGUCGCCAACAUGACCACGUUCCCACGUGCCUGCCGCUGCUCCCCCAGCGCAUGGCAGUGCCAGGAUGGCCCUGGGAGGCACAGAGCACCAAGGUCGGCCCCGUGGACUGUGCCACGUUUGGGCAGCCAGGGGCCAUAGCAGACAGCUGGCAUGGCACAGAGCACGAUGGCACCCUCUGCCUCUCCUGUUACCCUAUUUUUGGUUAAAAAAAUAAAAACGAGGGAGCAGCCCCCAGUGGGGCAGCCCCAGGCAUUAAAUA